UGUCCAGCGGUAUGGGAUGGGGUGAUGUGUUGGCCCUCUGCCCAACCCGGGACCCAAGUCUCACAGCGAUGUCCUGAUUAUAUUAUUGCGUUCAGGAGAGGAGGUGUGGCAGUGAGAAGAUGCUUGGAGACGGGCAGCUGGUUCAUCAGUCCCAUGACAAACCUCUCUUGGACCAACUACAAUGAUUGUUCCAUUGAACUUGACAAAGUUGAUGAACACAACGUACAAGUCAUUAAAAAUGCUCUUGAUAUCGUCAGCUUAGAACCCAUUCAGUUAUUUCUAAUUCUUCUCAACUCAAAACUCAACAAACUUACCAGGAAACUACACUGUCCAAGAAACUCCAUCCACAUAAACUUGUUCGUCUCCUUCAUACUGAGGGCCACUUUGAGCAUCAUACAUGAGACAUCACACGUAGGAACAAUUUAUUAUCUCCGUGCGGACCAGGUGUGGUUGUGCAGAUUGCUAACAACGAUGCACACAUAUUUUGCCAUUUCAAACAACGCUUGGGUCUUUCUUGAGGGCCUCUACCUCAGAAACAUCAUUUACCGGGAUGUUUUCACUGAAACUCAUCCAAUCACGUACUAUUUCCUGUUUGGAUGGGGUGCGUUUGUUAAAUUUUUUCUAAUUUUAUUUAUUCUUUUAUUUUUUCUAGUUUAG